GUGAUUAUACUGUAUGUCCCUAGAUGAUCGAGAUUGUGGUAUGUUCAAUCUCGAGAAUGACGAACGAAGAAUCCCUCGCGGUGAACCGCUCAUAAUGCAUCCUGCCAAUAGCAGUCAGCCAAUUGGUCAGCCAGUUGGUCAGUCGUUUGGUCAAUCAAUCGGCCUCUCUGGCUAGUAUCAAACCGCCGAAGAGGGCUACCGUGCAAUGUACACGUCGAACGACCAGGUUAUUGCUUCGGUCCCGAGUGAGUGCCGGGGCGCUGUCUACUGAAGUUCUAUACCCCGCGGAAAGACUGCUCCAAGUGCGACGGCAUGUUGCCGACGGCUCCGAAAGCAUAUAAUUACCCUUGUCACAUUCACUGUAGAGCAGAAAGUUCGUCCCUAGGGUAAGCUGCACGCGUGAUCCGAUGAUAAUAAGUUUAGAUCUUCCGAGAUGGGUGAGUUCUCUCUUGAUUCUCGUUAUAGCUGGCUACGUCGAC